AUGCUUUCUAUGGCCAACAAGGAUGCUCAAGAGACCAUUCGAGCUUUAUUGGCUAAGCAAGGAAAGAAGGGUCAUCAUCAUCACCGUCAUAAACAUCAGGAUGAUAGUUCAGAUUCUUUGGAUUCAGAUGAUAAAGAGGAUAAGAAGAAACGGAAAUUUGCCUUUAUAUCAAAAGCGGUACCAGUAUCCGACUCUGAAAAAAUCUUUACAGAGGGUGCUACAAAAUACGCCGCUGACGUCAAAGGUUAUGAAUCUAAUAUUGCUUUGGCAGUUAGAGAAUUUAAAAGGGCUGGGAAGCCAGCUCACUUUCCAGAGGUUUUAUCUAAAGAACUAUUGCUGGGACAAUUCAUUGAUGUUUGUCAAAUCAAAGGAGAACUCUUUAACAAGAAAAAAGGAGACUUUUCUUAUUCAACAACUGGAAAAGAAAAAGGAUUGGAAGUUUCAAAACAUCUCACCCUCGAAAUCGACGAUUUGGCUGAAUGGCAGCAUUAUUUUUCAAUUCUUAAAAAAGCAAUUGAAAUGGGUUUUCCGGAUUGUAGAAAACAAAUUUCGGACUAUUCAGAGUACAUCAAUUCGCAAUUUUGGUUGGGUCCUAUUCAAGCCAAUUGGAAGAACAUCACCGACUACAAUGCAGCUUUCAGAUCUCAAGUGGCGGAUAGGAGAUAUGUAUGUUUUUCGGAUUGGGAUCAUAAGGAUUUUGAUGUCCUUAAGACUCAAUACUUUGGUAGUAGUUAUUUCAACACUGCUCCUAAUCUUGCUCAAUCUGGUUCUUCUUUUUCAAGACCUUUGUUUCAAGCUCCUUUUUGUCAAAAAGGUGGUUUUCAGCAAGGUCCUGUAUCAAAACCAUAUAGUGGUCCAUCUAGUGGAGUUAUUCCUUCUGGUAGUGCUCCUAAUUAUGUUGCGGAUUUUAAACAUAAGGGGAUUCAUAAAAUUACGAGCUCGAAAGAUGUGGGAAAGAUGGCAGAGGAAUAUUGUUUUGCGUUUAAUAGCAAAAGAGACUGUCCCCUUGGUGAUAGCUGCCCCCGCUUACAUUUUUGUGUUGUUAUUUGCAGAAUGUCCGGGGAUGUGGUAAAAAACACCGCGGAUGCCAUCACACCUGAAGAAUAUACGUCGGAGAAGUUCCUCCGAGGUUAUCAAUGGGAUGGGACUUCUCCUUUAGGUUUUUUGGUGGCAAUUGAAUCGAGCAGAUACACCGAGCCUUUUCCAGAUGACCCUUCUCUGGAAGACAAUGAGGACGCAAGAUAUGCUUUGAAGCAAUAUCAUUAUCUAUUUAAAAUCUCUACUCCAUUUAAGAUUGACAAGAUGGAGCAAUUAUUGAAACAUCAUCCGAAUCCAGCUUUUGUGAAAUCAGUGCUGAAAGGUUUAAAGGACGGAUUUUGGCCUUCCUCGUUGAAACCAGAUUCAGAAAUAAUUGACGUCCCUAAUCACAAAACUUGUUUCGAUAAUCAAAAAUUGCUGGAAGAUCAAUGUGAAGAAGAAAUUCAAAAAGGAAGGUAUUCAGAAGAAUUUUCAACUUUGAUCCCAGGCAUGAAAGUUAUUCCGUUGUUGAUGACAUCUAAGAAAUAUUCAGCUAAAAUGAGAGUUUGUUCAAACAUGAGUGCAGGAAAUCCUUCGCCUAAUGAUUUGAUUGAUAAAGACAGAAUUAAGGUAUCUUAUGAUUCAUUGAAAUCGUGGAUUCCGUUUUUAAUCGAAUUAAAGAAGAGAUAUGGUGAGGUUACCAUUUUCAAAUCCGACGUCGAAGGCGCUUUCAGGACCUUGUCGGCGCAUUUACAAUAUUUGAUUGGGGCUAAGUGGGCCCAAUUUGAUCUCCUCAAAGGUUGGAACCUUCCCACUACUGACCACGUCAUAAGGAAGAUUGCUUGGGCCGAAACCGUCGCAAUACAUUUAGGCAUGUUGAUGAUCAGCGUCUUGCAAGAGGUUGGUGGGAAACGUUUCUUGGUGCUUACAGACAAUACUACCUCACAAUUGGCGGUUGAGAAGAAGCGCUCUGGUGAUCGAGCUGUGAACAUGGAGUGGAAAGCUAUACAGCGACUGCUGGUAUCGCUACAUGCAGAUAUGGUUGCCCACAGGGUGAAGUCCGGUGAUAACUUGGCGGAUCUGUUGUCGAGAGGUCGAGAUUUGAGGGAUGUUGACGAUCAAGUAAUGAUCGAGAUGCCGAUUGACUUGAGGCAGUUUGUGAAACAGGUGGUACUUGUUAAGAAGACGUAA